AUGUCAUCUCUAACAAACAAUAUAACCCAGGAAUAUAUUCAAGCUAGGCCUUUAGUUCAUGGAUCAGUUCUCGACAUUUUAGAUUCGUUGGACGAGACUUCAUCAUUAUUGUCAUCACCUGAAUUACCAUUCGA